CAAGCAACUUUCCGGUGUUCGGUUAUCUAUUUCAUCUCCUGUAUGAUCCGUCCAGCUAGGUCUGAAGAAGCUGUUCGCCGAUGAAGUGUCGAUCUGUUGCUUGUGUAUGGUCAGAGUCGCCACCGGUCCAUAAAGUUACCGCCACCGCCGUACUUGACCGUCCGUCGACUCUCUACACCGGCGGAUCCGAUGGCACCAUCUUCUGGUGGAAUUUAUCUUCAACUAAUUCCGAUCACGACAUUAAACCGGUUGCUAUCUUAUGUGGUCAUACUGCACCAAUUUCUGACAUGGGUAUCUGUUUCCCUGCAUCGACUCUAGGAGAUGAAAAGAUAAGCGAUCCAAGUAAUGUGGCACCAAACUCUAGUUCAGUUAACUAUGGUUCUCUAAUAAGUGCGUGUACUGAUGGUGUAUUAUCGGUUUGGGGCAGAGACAGUGGACAUUGCAGCCGUAGAAGGAAAAUGCCAGCUUGGGUUGGGAGUCCAUACAUGGUUCAAGCUUUACCUGAAAAUAGGAGAUAUGUAUGUGUUGCCUGUCAUUUCAUUGACUCUGUUAAUUCAUUAGACAACCAUCAGUCACUUGAUUAUUCUACUGAAUUAGGUGAACCUUCGACAAAUAUAGAACCACAAUAUAAGAAACCUUCAAGAUGCACAGUUGUAAUAAUCGAUUCAUAUACCCUAACAAUAGUGCAAACCGUGUUUCGUGGUACUUUAUCUAUUGGGCCUUUCAAGUUCAUGUCUAUAGUGACACCUGUUGGUGAUAUGGAGAAGGAAUCAGUGCUGAUGGCUGACUCAUUUGGUAACAUGCAAUGUGUAUCACUACUAAAGGAUACCACCCGGAGUGAGGAUAUUUCAGAUGACUCACAAAAGAAUUCUUCUCACAUGGAAAUGACCGAUUUGCUUCAAGAGUCAAGUGAAGGGGAACUUCCAAUUUCAUUCGCUGCUUCUGGGCAGGUUUUAGCGAUUCUGUAUACAACCUAUUGUAUAUUUAAGCUGGUGGAUGGUAGCACUAAGGUUGGAGAGAUUUCUCUUUUAGAUGAUCAACUUUGUCAGUAUGAUGUUGCAGGGUGUCUGUUUCUUGGAAACGGUUUCGUUCAGACAGUGGUAGAUAUGGAGGAAAACCAUAACAUGUAUGUGGAAACUUUUGCAGUGUGGAACAACAAAGGCUAUGUAGUUAUGUUUACCAUAUCAUAUUCAUAUUCAGGGAAAGGUUUCAAAUAUGUGCCUCUAUACACAAUCCCUGUUGUUUCACAUCCUCCUAAUGUUGAGUUAUCGUUCUCUUUUGUUCUAAUGAAUCAAAAUCUUGUGCGAAUUGAAUCAAUCUGUCUCCACACUGAAGAACCAGUGCAUUGGAAACCCCAUAUAACGAUAUGGGCAAAAGGUGAAAACUUUAAUCAAGAAUGCAAAUUGGUUGGGAAAGGAAGCUAUUUUGAUGAGUGGUUUGUGGGUUCAAAGAAUGCAAAUGGUCUUUUAAAAAGGGAGUUUGUGGUGACUUCUUCAAUGGUUAUUUCUGAAAAUGACUCUUCCCCUUAUGCGAUAGUUUAUGGAUAUGAUAGUGGAGAAAUAGAAGUUCUUCGGUUCAAUAUGUUCUCUGAAAAAGUGGAAGGAAGUCCACGUGAAGAGGUGGAUUCAUGUGCAUGGAAGCAAUAUCUUUCAGGACACACAGGUGCUAUACUAUGUUUAGCUGCACAUCAAAUGGUGAAUACCUCAAGAGGAUUCAACUCCACCAUUUUUUUAAUCUCUGGAAGUAUGGAUUGCACAAUACGUAUAUGGGAUCUCAACUCCAGCAAUCUUGUUGCAGUGAUGCAUCAUCAUGUACAACCUGUACGCCAGAUAAUCCUACCUCCUCCCCACACUGAUCGUCCAUGGAGUGAUUGUUUUUUAUCCAUUGGAGAAGAUUCAUGUGUUGCUUUAGCUUCACUUGAGACUUUAACGGUGGAAAGAAUGUUUCCAGGACACCCGUAUAUCCCUUCAAAAGUAGUAUGGGAUAGUACUAGAGGCUAUCUUGCAUGUUUCUCACUGAAUCAUUCAGCAACAUCUGAUGCAUCUGAUGUGCUCUACAUUUGGGAUAUAAAGUCAGGUGCACGUGAGCGCGUUCUUCGUGGGAAUGCUGCUCAUUCAAUGUUUGACCAUUUUUGUACAAGUGGGAAUAAGAAUAACUUUUCUCUAAGUUCCAUGGAGAGGAACACUUCUGCUUCCUCAUUGCUUCUUCCAGUGAUUGAAGAUACACAAGUUUCGCAAUCUCAUCCAAAUACUCCAGAGAAACGCGUUGCUUCAACAACAGAUUUAUCUCAUGCCACUACAAGGAUGAUUCAACAUGGGACCCACGGAAGCAACGGAUAUCCGAUUACAUGCUCUUGCCCUUUCCCAGGAAUUGCAACAUUGACUUUUGAUAUGACUUCAUUGAUGUCACUUAGGGCUGAAUCUUCUGAAAAUCAGAAUGAUGAACCUAAGAUCCAGACACCCAAAAAGGGACUGGAAAGAAUCAACAGCUCUCUGAGUACAGAUGGAGAUCAAGAAACCCAUGUGGGUCCUACAGAAUACACUGAUUGGGCUCAUUCAAUAGAAGGAUGUUUAUUUCGGUUCAGCUUAUCAGUUUUACAUUUGUGGGAUGUUGAUCAUGAGCUUGACAAGCUGUUAGUUUCUGAGAUGAAGCUCAAGAAGCCCAAAAAUUUCUUUGUAGCUUCUGGUUUGCUUGGGGACAGAGGGUCUCUCACAUUGACAUUUCCUGGUCCAAGUGCAACAUUAGAGCUUUGGAGAUCAUCUUCAGAGUUCUGUGCAAUGAGGUCUUUAACUAUAGUGUCCCUUGCUCAACACAUGAUUAGUUUGUCUCAUUCAUGCUCCACUGCAAGCAGUGCAUUAGCUGCAUUUUACACACGGAAAUUCGCAGAGAAAUUUCCCGACAUUAAGCCACCUUUACUCCAGCUUUUAAUUAGCUUUUGGCAAGACAAAAGUGAACAUGUCCGCAUGGCAGCACGUUCAUUGUUCCACUGUGCAGCUUCAAGGGCAAUUCCAUUUCCACUCCGGAAUCACAAUUCCAACGAUGAUAACGGAAAGGAGGAUUCCGAGAUGUUAUCAUGGCUAGAGUCAUUUGAACGACAAGACUGGGUAUCAUGUGUAGGGGGGACAAGUCAAGAUGCAAUGACUUCUCACAUUGUUGUUGCUGCUGCUUUAGUUGUUUGGUACCCAAGUCUUGUAAAGUCAACUCUUGCUAAUCUGGUCAUACAUCCACUGUUAAAAUUAGUUAUGGCUAUGAAUGAAAAAUAUAGUUCUACAGCAGCUGAGAUUCUGGCAGAAGGUAUGGAGGGGAUAUGGAGUGUUUGCAUGAAUUCAGAAAUACCUCGUUUAAUUUCGGAUAUUUUCCUUCAAAUCGAGCAUGUGAGGGGCCAAUCUGUUAAGCCAAUGACAACAAAUCUUGAGAUCCGGGAAUCUUUGGUUGGGAUUCUUUUACCCAGUUUAGCAAUGGCUGAUGUCACAUCUUUUUUACAUGUGAUUGAAAGACAAAUUUGGUCUACUGCUUCUGAUUCACCUGUUCAUAUUGUCUCCCUCAUGACCCUCAUCAGAGUUGCUCGUGGGUCCCCUAGAAAUUUGGCUCCUUACCUUGAUAAGGUGGUGAAUUUUAUUCUACAGACAAUGGACCCUGGCAACAUGGCCAUGCGUAGAAGUUGCUUACAAAAUUCAAUGGCAGCAUUAAAAGAAGUUGUGCGUGUUUUUCCCAUGGUAGCCCUUAAUGACUCAUCUACUCGGUUAGCUGUUGGGGAUGCAAUCGGAGAUAUUAACAAAGCUAUCAUCCGUGUGUACGAAAUGCAAAGUAUGACAAAAAUAAAGAUAUUGGAUGCUAGUGGACCUCCAGGGCUUCCAACCUUGCUUGGAGGAGCCUCUGAAACGACUGCAAAUACUGCAAUUUCUGUGUUGAGCUUUUCACCUGAUGGAGAGGGGUUGAUAGCUUUCUCUGAGCAUGGUUUAAUGAUCAGAUGGUGGUCAUUGGGAUCCAUGUGGUGGGAAAAGCUUAGUAGGAAUCUUGUUCCUGUUCAAUGCACUAAACUGAUAUUUGUUCCUCCAUGGGAGGGCUUCUCUCCUACUUCCACAAGAUCUAGUGUAAUGGCAAGUGUAAUGGGUAACGGGAAGCACUUUUCACAGGAUAAUUCAAAGGACUUGAGUGAAAUGGACAGAUUGAAAAACUUGCUUCAUAAUCUUGAUCUCUCAUACAGGCUAGAAUGGGCCAGUGGAAGGCAAGUAUUACUCAAGAGGCAUGGACAGGAAUUGGGAACUUUCCAAUUAUAACCUCAAUGCUUUCUCCACAAUACUUUUACCAAAAUUGCUCUCGAGUCUGCAUCUGCUCAAUUUUUCGGUUAGAUUACCUUGUCUAGAUCUGAUAAACGGGAAAGACAUGUUUUAGACUCGCCUAAGGGUACUUUAGGUAUUUCGCUAUAGUUGCCACAUCGUUAGUGCUUGUAAAGAACACAAAAUGAUUGAUUUGGUUGCACAGUUUUGCUGCUUGUAGACUUGUAGUUUCGUAAGGAAUUUUUGGAAUUACAGUUAUACCCUUAUAGGAUUUUGAAAUUACAAAUAUAUACCUUUGUGAG